AUGUCCCCCUCACCCCUCAGAGCCUCCCCAGAAAUCCUAACCCUCCUCAAAGACCUCCACACCAAAUCCCUAACCCAAGAAUCAACAGUCGACUGGAAAAGCCUCCCAAAACAAUGCAGCGCGGAAUUCGACUCCAUCAUGCUAGAUAAGUUCAUCGCCCUGGAUCAGGACAAGUGCGAACUAGUCUACCAAAUCCUGCGCAGCAUCAACGCAAAGACAGUCGUCGAGGCCGGUACCAGCUUUGGCGUUAGCACCAUCUACCUCGCUCUCGCUGUUGCAGAGAAUGCGAAGCGGGUUGGCGCUACAGCCAAGCCCCGUGUCAUAGCCACGGAGAAGGAAGAGUCGAAGGCUAAGCUGGCUCGAGCGCAUUGGGCGAGUGCGGGCAGCGAUGUUGAAGAUGUGAUUGAUCUUCGUGUUGGGGAUCUACGUGAGACUCUUACUUCGGAUUUGGGGACGGUGGAUUUCUUGUUGUUGGAUAUCUGGACGCCUCUCGCUCUCCCCGCAUUGAAGCUCGUCCAGCCGCACUUCCGACCUGGCGCGGUAAUCAUCGCUGAUAAUACGGUGAAGUCUGGUGAUAAGUAUCAGGAGCUCUUUGCGUAUGUUGAUGCCGAAGGUAGUGGGUUCCGACGAGUGACGAUGCCGUAUGAGGGUGGUUUGGAUAUGAUUGUUUAUCAGUAG